AUGAUCCCGCCGACUAAUGCGCCACAGUGUUUCUCAACAAUGUACCAAGCGUCUGAUUCAAGCCAGUAUUUUCCCACUCUCUCACACCCGCUGCGUUCAGUCCCAGCCUACGCUAGUUCCCGCCCUGAUGGUCACGUCACCCUUGCACUCGAGCGGCGUCUCGCUGGCCAGCGAGACGCCGGUGCGCCGUCGUCCGUCGGCGUGCAGUGGGACCCAAGGCGACAGGCAUCAUGUGGCUCGCCAAUAACAAGGCGCGAACGCAGCGGACAUGCAGCUCCAGAUCUAGAGCGACCGCAAAGGCUUCCUGUUCCCCACGUGUCGAAGGCCGAGACCGGGCAAGCGGUGGAUGUGUGCCUGCGCAGUCGAAGCGCUCAGCCGCGCGCACGCAGCGCUCAGCUUCGCCAUCUGCGCGCGCGCAGCGUGAGCAAACCGAGUUCGACUCACACCGAGGCCCGCUGUCUCUCGGAGCGGGAACAGCCGUGUGGACGGGGGGUUUUCGCGUCUUCGGCUUUGUUUCCUGCGCCAGACUGCAGUGUAACAGGAACCUCCGAAUGCGGAGAGAAGUCCAAGCCGAACGCAUGUGGUGGUGACUUGAGCAACAGGAGUAGGGAGGCCCGCCCCUCAACAGUGGCUCUUUCUCCCGCUCCUCCUCUACGAAAGGCAACUAGCAUGGCAUCGCAUCACUCAGACAAGGAAGACAUGAAACUCCAGAUCUCAGGUGCACCAGCCACCCGACUGCACAUUCCAUUCAAGCGGCACGGGAGUGAUGUCUCCAGCAGCGCGGCUCAGGAUGAUGGAGCACGAUUGUGGCCUGGUUCGCGAAACAGUUUCGCCGAUGCGGAGGGCGUGCAAGACCAAAAACCUCUACUGCUGUCCGCUGUAGCGCCAUCUCUUCCCGCUCCGGACGACAGCACAGCAAGCAAAGCAGCUACGGGGCUUUGCGUGGAGGAGCGCUGGCUCGCUGCCCCAGGGGAGACGCGACUUGAUCGGAAACCACAGAUCACUGCAUAUAGCCGCUGGGCGGCGUCGGUGCAAAAACACAUUGAGAGAGUGUCCAAGGGACGGGGAACCAAAGAUCUCAGCGCGGUGGAAGACGGGCGUAGGCGGGCGGGUACCGCAGCUCAAUGCAAAGGCGCUGCGAACAGCGAGGGAAGCCCCACCACACCUGGAGGGGCACAGACGAACAGAAGCCAAUGCCACUCGAGCAGCAGUGUGGGACCGGAUGAUGCUUCACACGCCGAUGCUUCCACGAGCUCUCGCGUGAGUGACGUGGCACUGUCAGCGGACCGCGUCCGUACUGGCAAUGGCCGCAACUGCCAUGCGAUGACAAGGCGCCCCUCUGGUCUCCCAGAUGACAGCUCAGCAUGCGCGCCUUCUCUGAGGCGGCCCGCCGACCCACACGGACUCCACCGGCGUCCUACUGAGAUGGCACCGCUGCGCACCGAGGACGCACGACUCCGUCAGGAGCGCCGAUUGCUUAGCCGCGCGCAGUCUGCCGUGUCCUGCGUACAAAACACUAAGCGAGAGUUAUCCGCUUCGCGAAGCGCCUCGAGCGUGGCAAAGGGGACAAGCGAGUCACUGAUAUGGGAGAGAGGUCUCCGCGUUGGCGUCGAGGAGCAAGGAGGAUGUGCCGUGCGACAGAAUUCUUCAGCAGCACAUCUGCUCGGACGCUUGAGCCGGACAGCUAGUUGCCCGCGUCCACCGAAAGCGGCCAUGAUGCUCCGCUGCCAACCAGACAGGGGAGACGCAGCGCGCCACACAGACGCGCGAUCAGAAGGAAAUACCGCACACUCCAGAAGAGAGGUGAGCGGGCAGCGGGCUGCGGGCUGCUAG